AUGGCGUCAGCAAUCCAAACAUAUUUCUGGAAUAAAAAUGCUGGAUAUCAGAGGAUGGAUACUGUAGGCACUGGCAGAGACUAUAAACAAUAUUGCUGCAUCUUUUUGACAAUUUCCGCUUGUUUAGGGAUUUAUGGAUAUUUUUAUUACGAAAAUGAAUAUACGAUUUAUGUGGAUGGCAAGGUUGUGAAUUUCACUGGAGUAGAAGACUUCAUUCCACCAUUUGUCAGCUAUUAUCAUGAAUUUUUGGUGGCUCCGAAGAGCAAAUUGAUCUCCUGUGCAAUUCCAAAAUCCAUGUCUCAAUUAACCAUUAAUAUUAUGAAAUGCCAGGAAGAAUCCCAAUUCCGAAACCCAAGUCAACAACUUUUAAAUGACCCGGAUACGGUGAGAUUUGCAUUUAUAAGAGAUCCAAUUCAACGAUUUGUGUCCCUCUACCUGGAUAAGUGCAUACACACUGACUUUUGCUUCAACUGCAAUAAGGAUAUGAGAUGUUUCGUUCAGAGUAUUUAUGAAACGUUGAGAAAUAUUUCUGAUUAUCGACAUGGAUUUGAAGGUUUGGAUAUGAUGGCAGAGCAUGCUGCACCGUUAUCAUGGAUGUGCAAUUUCGAUAAGGAUCUUGAAAAAUGGCAUUUGCUUAUGAUGGGGUCGGAUUUUGAAGAAAGGAAAUCUUCCAUUUUGCAUUUAGCAAACAUUUUGAAGCGACAAGGAUUCAACGAAACAUUGGUGGACAAGAUUCAGAAGGAUACGAUGGGUGGUGAGACCGCCCAUUCCACCCACACAUCAUCGCAUCGCGAAGAAGCUGAACGUCAAAUCCGCGACGAUCCAUACAUUCGGGACCUUCUUCAUAAAAUUUACUUUUUUGAUUAUGUCAUUUUUCCAUUUAAGAGAGAUGAGUUAGACAAAAAAUAUCAGACGAACUUCUGGAAAGUUCCAGAAGAAUAG